AUGCAACGGUUUUUCAAGUUGGAAACUUAUGUUGGAAAAUUGCUUAUGAGUUAUCUCAAUAAAUAUGUAAAACUGCGUGAAGAUCAAUUCGCAAUGUCUAUAUGGGAUGGUGAUCUUAUACUAACCCAAUUAGAUUUACGAUUAGAUUUUCUGGAGGAUAUUAUUCCUUUUCCAGUUAAUUUUCGUUCUGGUCGUGUACAUGAAUUACGAAUUCAUGUACCAUGGACUAAGCUGAAUUCUGAAUGUAUUGUUAUCUCAUUACAUACUGUAGAAUGUAUUUUUGGACUGAAAAAACGUGACGUCAAAAAAACCAAUCAAAAUAAUCAACUUCCAGCUAAUUUUGCUGAUAUCUGUACAUAUAAAAGUCAACAAAUGCCAACAAAUGUUCCACCUGGUUAUUUAGAGAUUUAUAUCCAUCGACUUCUUUCUAAUAUUCAUUUUGUUGUUCACAAUUUAAACUUAAAAUUCAUUGAAGAAGACAUAGUACUGUCGGUUAGUGUAAACAAGGCUGAUUCCUUUGUCACUGAUUCUAACGGUAAUCCUAUUUUUGCUGAUAUAAAUCCUUGUUCCACCUAUGCAAUUCAUCGUGUUGUACAGUUUUUUGACCUCACUGUAUGUCUUGAUCGUGCAGGACCCAAUGGUUACGUUGAAGUGUAUGAAGAUCCUAUAGCCUAUCGAUUCAGUAUGUCAUGUUUCCUUCAAGUGGUUUGUAUACCUAAUGCUAAAUCAUCAUCGCUGAUUAACCAAACAGUGCUGACUAAUUUGAAAAUACAUUGUCAAACGUUUGUUGCGCAUAUUAGUCCAGCUCAGAUUCCUUUAUUAUGCAGACUUAUACAAGUUCUGCUGAGUGUAAGCACAGAGACAUUUGACUGGUCUAUCUUAGACUCUUGUUCACAUGACAAUACAAAAAGUGAAACAGGCAGUUCAGAUAAUUCCUGUACACAAAUCGGUGAAUUAAACAAUGAAACUGACAAAUCAGAUACAGAGACACAGUCAUGGGCAUCAUGGGUUUGGUCGUUUGUUCCCACCAUUCUCCCAAUGAAUGAAGAUUCGGAUGAAUCAGAUAGUGAGUCUAUAGAUAGCUAUACAAAAGAACCUCAGUUAGAUACUGAGUGUUUCAAACAACUUAUACAGUGCAUCUUAGAGGAUACAUAUGAACAAGAAGUUGCCGCACAAUUAUCAGUUCAUGAUCCCAGUUAUGAUGAGGCAUUGAGUCCUUCAAAUACUCAUAAUACACCUCAUUUAAGUCAUUCACGUUCUUCUGAGGAGCUUGGUGAUAAUACAUCGCAACUGAAGAUUCACAGGCCAAGUAAAGAGGAGUAUUCGCAGACAAGACGUCGAAAAAUUAGACGUCUUCGGCGUUCUGCUUCAAUGGUUCCUGUCUUCAUUAUUGGAAUUUACUUCGAUAAAUUUGAUUUAAAUAUUUCUCUGCCAAGUCCUAGAGGUUUCUCCUGUCCGUCUUCAAAUUCAGGUAUUCGAUCACGCCGUAGCAAACGUCAAUUUCAUCAUUCUGUGCCAGCAAUAAAGUUUGAAUUAACUGACAUUGCCUUCCAGACAACCCUACGUGAUGUAUACUUUCGUCUUGUUCAACUUGGAAUUCGUGGAUUUCAUUGUUAUCCAGUGGGAUGUGUUUGUUGCUGUGGACAGUCGGAGUAUGCAAACAAUUCACAGCGUGAUACUGUUCAUAUUUCAACAGUUGACAGUCUCAGUUCCGGUAGUACGAAUGCAUCAAAAUGUCCUGUAUCAAAGGCCUGUACGUAUGAUGAUAAUCCUGAUAGAAUUCCACCGAAUUUCAUAUCACUUGGAUGUUAUCCGAUAAAUUCCAAUUCGUCUUCAUCACCGUCAUCAUCAUCAUCAGAAUCUUGUUUUCAUCCACGGGAGAUAUUUUAUUCCGCUGUUUCAUCACAACAACAGUCUUAUAGUGGAAGUGAUGAUAAUACUUUACCCACCAACUAUAAAUUAUCUGGAUAUCACUAUUCACCUAUUUUAACGCUAAGUGAUUAUAACAAGCAUUUAAAAGAUAAAGAUUUACGCCAGCAUUAUCCAGCCAUUUGGUUUGAUUCAGUAUGCUCGCUUAGCUUGGAUGAUUCACAUAUUACACCUUCAGAUAUUCCAUCUGUUCGUCAACAUCAAGUGAACGGUGUACGAGAGUAUAUUUACAACCGUUGUCUACUUGGUUCGUAUUCUGUAGAAGUAUCACCGAGUUUAAUUCAUCGUUUGGCGGGUUUAGUAAAUGCCUAUAAAAUUUCUCAUCCAUAUCCUCCAUGUUCAAUUACAAAAGAAGAUAUCAAUACUGUAUCCACACCGAAUGAAAUAUCUUUGUCGCGUUAUUCACAGCACAUUCCAAUGUGUAAUAUACAGCUGGAUAUAAGCACUGGAACAGUAUCUGUAAAUACUUCUCAUAAUUUUAACAGAAAUCAUUUAUCUCCUCAGCUACAAAUCCACUUGGAGAAUAUAUCCUUAUUCAAUCGGUCACCUGUAUACCCAUUUGAUAUUGUUCAUAUUAUUCGGCGUUUAAAUAUCCCACCGUAUUUAUUUAAACGUAGUUAUGAAUUUAUACAAAUGGAGUUAUGUAAUCCGAUGAAACGCGUCGACGACUGGUUACAAGAUAUACACUCAGAUGUAUUGAAUAUGUCAAAUAAUAAUAAAGAAUGGAAUAAACAGCUGAUAGCUUAUUGUUAUAAUCGAACAAUUAUCCAAGUCACUGGAAUCUCUGUGGAUUUGGUUAGGCAUCCUCAUGUGAACCAGUCUUCCACCUCCACAAUUACUACUGCCACAACUGCCAAUAAAUCUAACGAUAAUGUGACGAUUUUUAAAUUGUCCAGCCUUGAGUGUAUGUUUUGGUCAUUGAAUUGUCCCCAGCUAUGGAGUUCACCUUCUCUAAGUCAUUUGGAGUAUCGGCUAACACUGGCCAAUAUAAUGGAAAUGUACUUUACUCUACAAACUAUACAUUACUUAUCAUAUAUUUUAAGUGAAUUGUUCCAUCAAAUAUUUCAUUUAAAAGCUUAUUGUUAUUCAGAGGACACACAGCUUUCCCUACCUCCAGUUUAUGAAUAUCAGCCAGAAAACGAUUCUCAUUCAGCUGUUAAAACCUCUUGGAUAUGGUGUACAAAAAUUCAUGGAAUUUCUAGAUUUCGUUUAUGUCUUACAAAAUUUGUGUCUAUUUUACAAAUUAGUCUAGAAACCAAUUUAUUGAUGUACUUGAAUUGUUUAAAUGAAAAGAGGAAGAUGAGUAUAUGUCCAAUUCUGGAAAGAAGCGGUGGUGACAAGUCAACUGAGCAUAAGACGUCAAUGAAACCCUUGUUUUGCUUAGCUGUUCAAAUCCCAUAUUCACAUGAUUUAUCGUCUACUGCGCCUAUCAUUUGUCAUGCAUAUUUAAACAAAAUUGAUUGUUUAAUUACACGAGAAUUAUUUGAAUGGUUUUCGUAUUUAACUCCACCAAAUACGAACUGUGAAAUGCAUUCGUAUCAUGAGUGUAAUCAAUAUGUGAAUAAUUCAGUUGGCGAAUCAUUCAUCGGGAUGAAAACAUCAGAUUUUACAAAAAAAAAGCAUCAGUUUAACAGUCGUUCACAAAGUGGUUCUGAUAUCAGCUCUAAAGAGUUAAUCAAAGCCAAUAUUAUCGCUUCUUCGUUUUCUGCAUAUUCUGUCAUUUCACCAGCCUAUUCAUUUGCUAUCGGAAAUAUGGCUCAAUGGAAAGAAGUUUGGAAACGUUUAGUUUAUUGUGAAAAGAUUUUACAGAAUGCUAAAAUUCAGAUUCUUACCAAACCCCUAAAGAUAUAUACAUUAGUGUGUCAAUGUCCAACAACAUUUUCCGCCUUUGCUGACAGCAUAAAUCAUCAAUAUCUUGAAGAAUUAUUAAAACAAUUUGAAGAUAAUUCUAUGCUUUUCAAUUUUCCUCAAUUGUAUGCAUCAAAUUAUAAUUGGAAUACAGAAGAUCAGACGAACAAAGAACAGGAUCCUGAUGAUGCUGUUCUGAGAGAGCAUAUUACAACACCACCACCACCACAAUCGACUACUAUUCACUGGAGUAUAUCAGCUAGUCAGGCAUAUUUACUAGUGGAAAAUAGUUUAAUAUUUGCUGGUCAAGCGUCAAUCAGCUUAGAUUUGAAUCGUAAAAAAGUAGACGAUAUGUGUCUGACUAAUUCAGUGGCUAUAAAUGUACAAGUUAAUAUUGAAUUGGAUAAUAGUCGUCAGUCGAGUUAUUUAUCCAAUGAAAAUUAUAGACGUGGUGUGGAUUUUAAAGUUUUAAAUCAUAUGGUCAAUGUGGUCAGAUUUUGUUAUGACAAUUUAUCCAGUAUUGUUAUUCCCAAGCUUUUGGAUUUCUCAACGACAGUGUAUAAGAACACUACCUCUACUAGACUCUUAUCAAGAACAUCUUACAGUAGGAAUUCAAAUCCAAGUUCUAAUAUCAAGCUGUUGCCUAUUACUGCUCAUUCACCUCCGUAUACUUCUUCAUUGAACAGUAUUUCUAUUCUCGAAGAGUCAUCUACUGAUGUACCAACUAUUGUGUAUAAAUCACUACUAACCAGCCCACAUGGAAAAUUGAAAACCACUCGAACCACAAUGGUUGAAUCACCUCAAAUGACUAGUUGUUAUUCAACUAAGCUAAAUUAUUCACAGAAUGAAGAAUUGUCAACAUCAUCACUCCCACCGUUUAGUAUUACUCUACAUGUCGAGUGUAGUUUGUCUAGUGUUAGUGGUGAAAUCCACUUGUCACAUUCUUCUCUGAUGAAUUCCGAUGAACAACCUGUUUCACUGCAUUGGUCUGUUGACAAUGUACAAUUAAUACUUGAAAUACAAAAAGAAUGUUGUUCAAUUGAUUUUCAUGUUGGUUCAUGCUCAGCUUUUAUACAAAAAUCAACAGAAAUGAAGAUCCCGCUAUUUACUCUAUUGGAAAAAGACAUCCAACCUCUUCACCUUCUUCAACCUUACAUCAAUUUGACGUGUAAUUCAAACAAUGAAGACUCUGGUAUUCAUUCUAAAGUCCAGUCUAAUGACUAUGCUAAAUCUUCAUGGUUUGAAGAAAACUAUAUCCCACUGAUCCCUUUAAAUGCUCGUAAACGUCACUGGUUGAAUUCAACUCGCAACCGACAUGAAGACAAAUCAAAUAUUGGACACUACUUUCUACGUAUAGUAAUGACACGAUCCUGUUCAAAGUUUAAUAGUACAUCGGAUUACUAUUCUGCAUCCCAGUCAGAUUUAUCUGUAAUCCUUGAUAACACCUCGUGUAGAGUGAACACUAUGCUGCAUCCGGAGAAUCAUGUGAAUAUUAGUGUUCAACCUCUGGAUAUUGUAAUUAUUCCAGAAGUACUUGAUGAAAUCAGCGAAUUCAUUAACAAUUGUUUAGAUUAUAAAGGAUCGCUUGUUGAUGUUGUUGGAGGAGAUUCUUCUUCACCUGAAGCCUAUUCGGUUAAGAAAGAUGAUAUAUGCAUGGAGUCUGUUCUCAGUGUUAAUUCAUUACCGGUUAUCAAUGCUACAAUUGAUUCAUUUCGAAUGUUCUAUGUAUUAUCUGGACUCUCUGAAAACAACCACAGCGUCAAAUAUCCUAACGCUUUAAUGUUGUCGUGUGAUUUUAUUCAAGUUAAACCGUUAGUAGAAAAUUUUAUCGAAAGACCAGUCUGGUGUAUCAGUGAUGAUACUCACCUGUCGGUGAAACAACAACACCAACAAUCAUUUGCUGCAUCUAAGCCUAUUGUUGUAAUUCCUUGUGAUAAACAAAUCAGUAUACUGGCUAAUUGUAUAAAUAUUUUAGCAGUACCUUUCAAGUUUAUGUGUAAUGUAAAGCCUGAAAAUGAUUAUAAUUCAUCUGUAUCGAAUGCUAUUGCUCAGAAUCCAGCGAAAGAUUGGAAUCGUGUAGCUUCUUAUAGUGAUAUAGAUGAUCCGCUCUAUGGUUGGUCAAUUGUACAUUCAUUUGAUAUUUCUGUUAUCUUUGCACCUGCCUAUGGAAAAUAUGAAAAUUCUGAAUCAUACAUUUACGGUGGAUAUUCUAUGGAGUUUUCAAUAAUGAAUGAUUUAUUAAUAUUGGCUGACUGUGAUCUUAUCUCGUAUCUUGUACAACUUAUCCCUUGGAUCACUUCCAAUUGUCAUACACAAAAAUCAUCGUCGUCAUCUUCACCACCAAUAACACGAAAAACACUGCAACAAUCUUUAUUGCCAAGUCUUUUUGAAAAAUUACUUUUCUCUAAUAACAAUGAUUGUUUACUGUCAACUCCUAGUCGUUUGUUUAUAACUACACGUCAAAUUAACUUUCUUAUGUGGAAAUCAACCAGUCAAGGAGAUGUCAGUGGAAAAGAUGCGCUAGCUGUAUUUACUAGCCAAAUUAGUCAACCGCAUAUAAUUUUAAAUUUUGCUGGUACUGGGAAUUACAAUGCUUCGGAUCAUUUUGAAUUUUCAAUAAAUGGUUUACAAGUAGACUGUCGACUGGGUCAAUUGAAAUCUCCAUGUUCUCAAUGUAAACCGAUUGUAAUCAAUAAAUUUAGUGAAAAAAAAUCCCAAAAAGAACCAUAUGUUAUUUUUAUUCCAUGUGAAAUUGAUACCAAAGUGUUAACAUCGUCAAUGGAUAGAGUGAUGAACCCGUUACAGUUGUGCAGUUCACUGAUAUUUUGGCAUUCUGAUAAGCGUAUAGUCAAUUCAAGAACUGGUAUCAGCCAACCGUGUCUAUCUAUCACAUUUCAACGACCUUCUCGAUCUGACCACUUGUCUGCAGUUGUUAAUCCUAUGUCAAGCAAGCGCAGUCGUAAUCGCUUCAAUGUGCGUUUAAAAGUUGGACAAGAUCAAACAUUAUGCAUCCGACCGGAUACACUGUCAGCUGUUCUAUAUUUCUGUAAAUUCUUUCAUGAAUUAUUUGAAGUUAACAGUUUUCUGCCAAAUGAUGAAAUCAACAGGCGUCGUAAUAAUACAGAUUUACUGACUUCAUCAAUUGGAUCGCCAUCAUCAUCAUCGCCGUUGUCAUCGUCAUCAUACACUGCAAGAUUUAUUCAUCUUCUACACCUUUAUCUUGAAAAGAUUAACAUAGAAACUAAUAGUAUUCGAAUUAAUCUACAGUUUGAUGAGAGAAAUAACAAAGGCAUUGAUUUCCGUGUAUUAGAAUUCAAACUCAAGCAUCUUUCAACUGUAAUACAACUAAUUAACUCGACCAACAGCGGCGACACAUUAACCACUUCAAUUGAAUAUCUUUCAAAUUUAUCUGGUUUAUCAUUAAGCUGUCGUUCAGCUAGAAGUAAUUCACUAAUAUUCACUAAAAUAAGCAAUCCUCGUAAACCAGUAUAUUUAAUAUGGCCUAAUACAUGUCUGACUGUUGGUGGAUCAAUCAAUACUAAUCAAUACUGUAUGCAUAAUCUUAAUGAUGAGUACUCUGUCUACUCAUUUGAUAAGGUCACUAGUCAAAUUCAGCUUAAUUCUAGUCUAUUAAUUCAUUUACCUGUAUAUGGUUACAUAAAUGAUUAUAUUAAGCUAAUUCUUAUGAAAAUUACGCAUAUUGUAAAAUCAAUUCAAAUUUGUAACAAGCUUCUUUGUUUUAAAUCAUCAACUGUUCAAUGUUUCAAUAAAAAUGAUAGCAGUUGUUGUAUACAUUGUUCUUCAACUGAUAAUUGUGUUGUUAUACACAGCGAUGAUUUGCGUAGAAACUUUACUCUGUCGCAGUCAUCAUCGAUAUCCUCCUCGAGUCAAUUUAUGUUAAUAAAACCUGAUAAUGUUGAUCCCGUUCAUCAUCAAUCUCAUCCAUGUUAUCCAUGGGUAUUGAAUCAGCAAUUAUGGGAACAAUCACCUUUACAGCGCCAUCGUUGGCCAUUACAAAAUGAAAUUGUCUGUUGUAAUAAUCUGUUGAAUAAUUUCACUGCCAAUGAAGACAAUGAUGACAAAGAUGUAGUGGAAGACGAAGAAGAAGAAGAAGAACGAUUGCGUAAUCCACAAUGGUUAGGUAUAACAUGGAUGCAUCCUGAAGUAUGUAGACCGAAUUAUUUACGAAUACUUCCUAUACCAUUUGAAUUAGUCUCGUCGAAAUUGAAUAAUGUUAGUGAUGAGUAUUCACUGAAUGGAUUUGAGCUUCAAUGUUACCUACAGUAUUGGGAUCCAUUUCAUCAGUACAAUGGAAGUUUCUUAACAUACUCUUCCUUCAUUCUGAGUGAUAGUCAGAUCAAUGAAUAUGAUUUAUCAAAAGUGAAUUCAUUCAACCAAUAUGGAGUUGUACCCUCAACAGUUCAGACAUAUCAACAAGGUAGUAAUUGUCAAAAUAAUGCAAACAUAUCAAAUUGUUACGUUGAAAGAAAAGAAAAGGUGAAAGAUAGUGUCGAUUAUUCUUCGGAUUCGUUGUCCUUUAAUUUACACUUCUCAGAUGAUAAUAAUACAAAUAACUCUUCAGUGCCUACAGAUAAUACAUCUUAUCAACCAGUAUCGGCGAUUUGGCGAAUUCUUGUUGAUUUACGAAUACGUCCUAGCUCUGGCAUUAUUAAUCCUUCAAUCAAUGAAAACCAUCCAAUUGCUUUAGCUGAUUUGACACCAAUGGUUUUAAUUGGUGCUAUUGACAUGAAUACUGUGCACUAUCCAAAUAAUUGUCAUCAUCCACUUGAGAAUUCUUUGAUUGUUAGGUGUCAAAUUCCAAAUAUCACGGUCUCAUUAGUUGAACAUAUACAAUCAGAACAUGAUAACAUUGGUGGUUUUGAGUUAAGUCGAUUCUGUGUGGAUAAAGUAGACUUUCUAUAUCUGUCAAAUGUGUCAUCAUUAAUGUCUCUCAAUCGUCCUUCUAAUGAUAACAUUCAUUUACGGGUUGACAAGCAUACCGUGCUAACAGCUGAUGUCAGCUGGGCAAGACUUCAACAAUCUAUUGUCGGUGAAAGUUUCUCAUGUCAUCUAUUGUGUAAUCAAAACAUGAAUAUUCUUCACAGAUCACUGAGUAUUUUUAUCAGUUCAGAUCGUCUAAUCAGUAUUGGUCUAUUGAAGCAAAGAUUACAAAAGUAUACGAAAGAAUAUUUAAGUAUUCUUGAGAGUAUGUAUAGAUCAAGAAAUGAAAUGAACUCGUCAGAUUGUAAUAGUUUUAUAUCAUCAAAUGAUCACUCACCUCUUGGUUGGACUAUAGUGAAUCAUACUAAUCAGUCUAUCAUUCUGGAUCAACUACCCUUAAUCAAAUAUUCCUCUGACGGGGAUAGUACACCAACAAUAUCGAAUUCUGAAAUUUUCAAUCCAGUGAAUAGUUUAUUUGAUAUAUCAGUUAAGCCAAGAGAAUGUGUUAACUGGAGACCAAUUGUAUUCCCUGGACCAGUUUCACCUGCAGGGCAUGCAUUUCGCAUAAAAUUACGUAUUGGAAUUCAUUCCACUGGGACUAAGAAGAACAAUAAGACACUAAUAUGGACUCAUCCUAUAGACUUACCUUGGCCGUUGUUGAUACGACAACAGAAUAGUGAUAUUCUAUGCGCUUUAUCUUUAAAAUGGGAGGAGACUACAAAAUCCAACAGUAAAGAUGACAAUGAAGAUGAGAAGGAUGAUGAUGUCGGGAUCUAUUAUCCAGAAAUCUAUUUGAUUGUCUGUUCUCCCGAACCAAUUGGCUCACCUGGAAAGAUAAUACUACACUCGAAUGUGAUUCUACGCAAUCUGUUACCAGUUCAGUUAACUUGUACACUGAAUACUUCAACCACUGCAACUACUAUUACUACUACUAAUAAUAAUAUUCUUGUUGAUAAAUCUAAAAAAUCAAAUCAAAAUGAAAUCAUUCAUAGAAAUACAGUGUCUCCAACACAAUUCAUUAAUAUCUCAACUUGUCCAGCUAGUACUGAAUUCAUCUCAACAUAUACAAACAAUAAUUCUGGUCAUAAAGCUGUCAGUUGUAACUUACACAUGGCUUUCAAAGUGAACAGUAUUCUCUCCUCUAAAGAUGAAUUGAAACAAAACGAGUUUUGGUCAGAACAGUUGAUAUUUAAAAUGCCAACAGCUGGUCAAUUGAAUUCACAAACAGAAACAAGUCUUAGAACAUGUAUUCAACUUUUCUACCAAGAUGAAAUCAAUUGCCUGACAAAUCUAUUUUCAUUUUAUGCAAUUCUUACUGUUGAAUAUUAUGCUGUCAGUUUUAUUACUCCACCAAUUUGUAUGAUUACGAUAUCUCCAUUAUUAGAGAUUAUGAAUUGUAUGCCGAUCCCAUUGAAAUUAGAAAGUAAAGCAAUUAGUCCUCAACAGACAAUAAAUUCAAAUUCAUUAACCCAUGAAAUGAUUCCACCGGCUGCAUUUUAUCAUCCUCGAAACUCUGAGGAUUCAACAUCUGCACUUCAUGACUGUUAUGCAUCCAACCGGUUUAGUCGAUAUCCGUACACAUUGGCCAAACCUAUUCGACUUGUAUAUCAUUAUGACUUACUUUUGACAGGCACAUUACCGGAUGGUGAACCUAUCUUCUCACAUCCAAUUCGAUUAUCUGGUCAAGAAAUUCUGAAGAAAUUGGCUACUACCUAUUUAAACUGUACUGUUAACUCUAAUGCAACUGCAUCAUCAUCAUCAAAUGAAAAUCUCAUCUCAAAGUCUAUACAACCCAGCACUUCAUUGCCAGUUAUAUCUACACUGGGUUUAAUACCGAAAUUAUACUGUAUGCAUAAUGACUACUUAAAUAACUUGCACAGUAGUAGUUAUAGUAGUAGUAGUAGCAGUUAUAAAAUGAAAUUAAAUGAAUCCAGCAAUUUACAGUAUAGUCUACGACUUGUAUUAAACUCACAAUUAUUGCUAAUCAAUCGUACAGGUAUUGAUUUACACUUGAAAUUACCGUCUAUGAAAAGUGAUAUGCCAUCGUCUUCGACUUCUCCUUCUUCUGCUGCGGCUACAGCUGCUACUACAAUAAAACGAGUUAUUUCUUUAAAAGAUAAGGAAUCAGUCGCUUUAGCUCAAAAUCAACAUUAUUUCCAAUUGGGUAUUACAUACAACAAUAAAGAAUAUUGGUCUGAGAUAAUAUCAAUUCAGCUACCAAUGGAUCAAUCCGGUUUAUUAAACAAUAAAGUUGACUACAGUUUAAGUUCAUUUGUAUGGAAUAAUAAGCUGAAAACACUAUCAUUACCAAAUAUGUCUACAACAUAUAUUAAUUUAUUAAUAGACAAUAGAAUUUUAUGCUUACUUAUUUCUAUACAAUAUAAUAAUUAUAAUAUGAAUGAAGGAAAGAAAGAAUUAAAUGAAAUAAAUACUCAUACUACUACUAACAAUAAUUUCAUUGUAACUAUUGAACCAAGAUUUCAUAUUAAUCCUAGUUUUGCCAAUGAUGAAGAAUAUAAUUGGAAUAGUCUGUGCAUAAGGCCAAUUGUUAUUCCAUUAGGAGAAGAAUUACAACAACAAGAAACUACUACAAAAGUUAAUAGUAGUCUAUCAAGUACUCCUAUAUCUGCAUCACAAAUGAAUGAAGAGUUCGCCAGUGAAAUAGUCUGUAACAACACUAGUACACCUCUUCUAUGGUGGACACUUUCACGUGAUAUCGACAGGUCAUUGUCAAAUAUUGAACUCCUAUACUGUAUGCAAAUAUCAAUAAAGUCAACUGUUCUUGUCCAACCAGCAUGGUCACACGUAUUCCCAUUGCAUAGAAUUCCAAAAUUCCCUUACAAUACAAGCAAUCUAUCUGAACAGUCUUCAAUACCUAUAUAUCUUUGUCAGGUAACUAUUCCUGUCAGCUUAAAGGAUAAUUCAUUGAACAAUUUCACUUUCUGCCCAACUUUACUUAUCAGUACAAUGGAAUAUGUAUUAACAAAUCAAAUAGUUAUACAUAUUAAUAAAACAUCAAUUCUACAAACCUUAAAUCCCUUUUCAAUACACCUUUUAAAUAAUACUCAUUCAUCUGUAUACUCUGUUGAACUGCUGAUGAAUUAUCCUUCUCAAAAUGAUUCAAUGUCUACAAUACUGAAAGCAUCAUUUAUCGACGCUGACUUACGAUAUAAAUGUCAACCGAAUUCUCAAAUAUCAAUUAUGCCACAGUCUUUGAUAGAUUUACUAUACAUUGAUACUGUGAAUCGAAAUAAUAAUAAUAAUAAUAGUAACAACAGUACUGCGGAAAAUCUAAGCUUGAAUUUCUUCGAUCCAUCUCAUUUCAAGUCACUGGAAUUAAAACUAUUUUUACUCUCCUCGUCUUCUUCUUCUUCGUCGGUUGAUAGUGCUGCAUUAUGGCAGACACGGAAACAUAUUAAUGAUCAAUUAUCAAUUCAUUUGUAUUAUUCAUUGAAUAACAGCUCAUUUGGUUUAAUUGUUCAAUUAUUUGAUAAUUCCGCGAAUAAAAAAAACGCGCUGAUUACAAAUCCUACAUUAUCAUCAACAUCAUCACCAAUACUGCCGACUUCAUUUAUAUAUUUCAACAAAAUCAAUUUGAUAAUUAAUAAAGUUUGUCUACAUUUACUAACCAUCGAGAAUAGAAUACUCAAUCAAAAAAAUAAUCACAAGAAUAAGAAGAAGAAUUCCACUUCUACAUCUCCAAUGUCAUCGUUAUCAUCAUCGUCGUCUACGCUAUCGACGUCAUCAGCAUUUGUAGGCAUAAAACAUGGAUUUUAUGAAAUUCUACCACCACAUGAUGAAUUUCUACGUUUUACUCUAGUGAAUUUAUGUACUACAGUAUUAUUGAUGAGCGAAGAUUCACGCCUGACAAAUCACAGUAUUCUUCCAGAUGUUUAUUUAGAAGAUUCUUUAAUUUAUGAUUUUCUUGAAUUAUUUAAUAAUUUUCUAUACAUUUUUGAUAGAUAUUAUGAUUUAUCGUGUCCAUUGAACAUUGAUCAAAUGCCUUUAUUGGGCGGUGUUUCAAAUAUCAGUUUACCGCCAAAAAUAAUCAAUGAAAGUAGUGUUUUAAUGAAACAACUAUUAAUUGAUGCAUUUAGAAUCAAUUUAAGUUUACGUGCAAUGUUUCGAUUAUAUUUAUCCUGUCAUUCAGCUCCAUUGAAUUUCACUGCAUUUAAACUUGUCAAUAUAACAGAUGUUAAUCAGUCUGGUAAUUCAACUAAUGUUCAGGGUUCAUUGGUAUAUUGGAGUUCAUUAAAAUAUUUAUUGACAGUGCAUUAUAUUACUCAAAUGCUGUUUCGUUCUGGUUGGUUAGUUGGUAGUUUAGAUUUAUUAGGUAAUGUAACUGGUCUACUCUAUUCUCUGGUUAAUGGUCUUAAUGAUUUAAUACAUUUACGUUCAAGUGAGAUGAAAUCUGAUGAAGAUGAGAAUAAAAUAGGCAUGAUCACGUUAUCUAAUCCAAGUGACUUUGUAUCUCAAGAAAGUGCGAUAUCUCCGACUACUACGAUUACAACAAUGACUGGUGUUAAUAUUUCAUUGAAAAGUAACCAAAAUAUUGGAUUUUUAUAUCGUCUUUAUCAAGGAUUCAGUUCACUUACUCGCCGAACAACUGGUGGCUUACUGUUAUCCAUUAGUGGAAUGGCAUCAAGUUUAGCUAGAAAUUUAGAUUAUCUCUCCUUGGAUCCUCAUUAUGAACAACAUCAAGAUCAGAUACGCAGACAUCGUACACCAAAAGGAUUUGGUGAAGGUAUUCAAUUAGGAUUAAGCAGCUUUGGUCUAUGCUUGCUUAGCGCUAUAGCCGGAAUAGCUGACCAGCCAUUACAGGCUAUUUUUAAAACGAUCGAUAAUCAUCAGCCAAAUAAUUCUGAAUCAUGUUCAUCAUCAUCAUCACCCUCAUCGUCACUAGAUAUUUUCAAUUCUUUGGAUGUUGAUCAGUCAAGAAAUUAUAACUUUUUAUUAUCUACACUUGGUGGUUUUGGUCGUGGACUUGUUGGUGUAGUUACAAAACCAGCGGCUGGUGCUGCAGAAUUGAUUGCUCAAACUAGCAAGGGUUUACUACAUGGUACGAGUAAUUCAAUAGAAAUUACUAUUCCAAGUAAAUAUGGAGAUCCUUAUACUUCAUCUGAAAUUGGUUUACGUUUACACUAUCAAAAUGUAGACUGUAUGAUAAUUUGUCAUUGGAGUUCAUUAGCAUUACAAUGUACACAGCGGGAUAUAACAUCAUCAUCAGCAACAGCAGCAUUAAAUAUUUCUAAAGAAGAUUCAUUAAUUUCUGGUUGGUUUACAAGUGCUAUCUAUAAUCAUGAUACUCAUGAAAUGGUUACUUGGUUAUCUGCAUCAUUAGAUCAGCAUCUAGUAUGCACAUCUAUAAAUGAAGGCGAAGGCGAUUCACCUCACUUCUCUUGGUUUAAAACAUUCCCUGACAGAGUGUUAAAUAAUUUUGUCAAUAAAUUAAUUCCCCUCACCUAUAAACACUUGAAUGUAACUGAGUAUUCUACGAUAGCCAACAAUUCUAUGCUGAAAACAUCUAUGCCCAGUAAUCCGCUAACUAUUACUUCUUUGUCUACAAGUCUUCCGUUUAUUUCACCGACUGAUUCUUGCAAAUGGAUUGAACAUAUUCAGCAAUUCAAUUCUAGCAACGAUCUACACUGUCUAACAUCAAUUAUUGAAAAUUUUUGGUUAACAGAAGAAGACAAAAUGAAAGAAUCUACCAGUGGAAAGCAACAUAUGGAUGCUAAGUGUAAUUCAUCAGAAAAUCUCCCUUGUAUAAAUGAUGAUUCUUUUGAUUCGAAUCGAUCAGAUAUUCAUUCGUCUGAUAUCCUUGUCUGUGAUGAUCAACAGCGUAGUUCUAGAUGGAAACGAGUCAGAGAAUACUUGAUGGGUAUUAGUCCAUCAGAUUUGAUUCAUAUCUAA